CUUGGGCCACCCCCGCGUGCGGAAGCUUGCUGCUCCUGUGUCUUGCGUGCGGUUAUGAGCUGUGGUGGAGGAGCUGGGUGGUGUUAAUGGUUAUCGUGCCUGGUGUUAUCACCUUCUCUGGAGUGCUGGGUAGAUCGCGAGUUCCCUGCACUUGGGUCGUAUAUGAAGGCAGUGAUGCACUUAGCACCGGGCGAUGGAAGCUUGAUUCGUGACAGUAAGCUGGUGUUAGCAAUAUGUUAAAGCUGGCCUCUUGUGAUUAAUGCCAGUAAUAAAGCUAAGGAAGGCCCACACGCAGAUACUUUGACAAGACAUAAUUUAUUAAAAUAUUUAAACAGUGAACAACGUCAGAUUGUAAAGGAAUGUACACUUGGAAGGUAUUGUACUGUAGGCUAUAAUUAAAUGCAAACUAGGGCCAAUAAUAAGAGGAUAUAAUGGAAAAUCAAAACGAAGACUGGCAUUCAUCAAGGAUGACAGAUGCCAGACGUAUUGACAGGUGUGAGAUGGGAGACCCAGCAACCACCUCAACAGAUGCUAACACCUGCACGUCAUCUCUGAAGAACAGCGCCUUUUGCAGGAAGGGCAAGAAGUUCUCUCGUAUACGUCUCAGCGGAGACCUUUUGCAGCGUCUUCGAGGGCACGCCGAGGAAGAGGACGAAGUAGCAUGGGAGCUAUCAGGGCGUGGUCUUGCCACGCCCCUCGCUGGCGUCCACACCGGCAGAAGCAAGAAAGGUGUUGAUAUGGCUCCUCAAGAUUCAGAUAAACUGGAACCUCUCGGAAGUUUAGAUAAACAUGAAUCUUUAAAAUACAGAGAAGAGCCAGGGGUCUUACGCGGGGGCACCUUUUCCGAAGAUGAGGGUAUUUCUGAUCUUGUGUCGUGUGUGUCUCUGAGUCGCGAGAAGAGCCUAGUAGAGAAGUGUGACUCCUGCGAGGACCCUCCUAGUCUGACGUCCCUCCAGUGGGAUCUGGAAGAAGAUACCGAGACAUUAACACAAGACGGUCGCAGGUGCUCGAGUGACGAGGAUGUGACACAUCUCAGUUUGGACAUUCACGAGAGCGAAGAGGAUCCCGCGUCAUCGUCAGCCUCGUCAGACUCCGGGGCGGGAGUGAGUCCAGACUUCAUAACUCAGGAGGGAGCCAUCUGUGCCGUCACCCACUGCUUCUCGUGGCUCGAGGAUGAGGUCUUUGCCCUUGAGCCCCAAACUGACCUUGCGGAAGCCACUGCGUUAAACAAUGGUAGAGGGGAGAAAACCCAGGCACAAGAAUGUGAGGAAUGUGACAAGGUGAGGGGUGCAGAGGAGAGAUUGAGUGAUAAUGAUGAGUGGGAAGUCGAUGAGGAUUUCGAGUUUACUCCGUUCAGAAGCCUUGGAGACAUUCAGAGGGACCAGGCAGAAGAAACAGCAGCAACAAGGGAAGAACUCGGCUACACGGACGAGUGUUUCGACUGGGGUGAAGAGCAUUAUAUAGAUGACAGCGGCUCGAGUGAUGAUGCACGAACCCCGGAAGCUCUAGACCACACUAACGGAAGGACCGUGUCUGGCGCAAAGUCCUGUGUGUCGUGGGAUGAUGCUGACUCUAACAGGAAAGAACACUCAAAAUGCUUCAUACGUCGGCGAAGUCAUGAUGUCAACUAUGACAAUGAAGAAGGGCUUAGUGCAGUGGAUCAAGCAAGAAGAAUUUCAGAUGGCCAACUGGUGUGUGAGCUGGACCAUGGUGAUGUGACGGCUCUCUGGCGCCCUUCCCAACCUGUUGAUAACACUGCGCGCUUUGACACUGGCGGAACCGGAAAUCAGAAAUACAUGCUUGAGCUUCGUAACUGGGUAGCCGCAACUAAUACUGGGAAGGAAUUCAAUGGCGAUUAUGCUGCUAAUUCCGGUGAAGCCCUUGCGGAGAGCGUCGGUGAUGGCUCCUGCGGGUCCUUGUCCGAGAGUGAGUGGAGCGAGGCUGAUACUUGUGUUCUGAGAGAGACUUUCGCUCAUCCGCAGUCGGGUCCAUCUACUGGCGAAUCGGAAUUUGAUGAUGCGAGCAAUACGAGCUCCUCCGACGGCGACACAGACUCUGACACACGAGAUAACUGUGCCUCUUAUGCUUCAGAUGCCACUUGGCACUGUCACGAUUGGCCGAGAUUGGUGGUGGACUCGAAGUACACGGUAUCUGAUGCUUGCACUACGUCGCUUGGUAUUCCGGAGUCCCGGUGCUCAAGCCGUUCUGACCUAGGAAGCUCCUCUACACUGCUAGGAUAUAAUCCAGCCCUUUGGCAACCUACAGAACGUGGUGCUACUUCAGCAGACCUUGCAACAUGCCAGAGUUAUUGCAAACCAGCACCCGACACGCCCGUACCUCACCCGUCUGGCACCUGUCUAGGAUGUCUGAUGGAACGAGACAGGUGCCAGCAGGUGGUGACCUGGAAAGCAGAGGAAAACUGCAAAAACCGGAUGCGACACAGAAGAAUGGGAGAUAAAUUUGGCAAAUCGGUUUGCCAGGAUAAUGAUGGGUGGCUGGACCAAGAAAAUAGAAGAUGGUACCGAGUGGGACAUACAUCCUCGAGUGCUCCACACAAUGGACCUCGUCACCAGGAUGACCUCAAAGUAUUGAUGAACGAAGGCCAUGAAAAAUGGACUCGGAAAGCCCACGUGUCAGACGGAAGUCCAUGGUUUGAUGAAAAGGAUUCUGUGAGAUGGCAGGAAAUUCAGAGAAAAUUGAAAGAUUCAUCACUUGGUUUCUCUCACAAUGAUAAUGAAUUUCCCGAUGCUUACCACGCAAAUGGGCCUUUUUUCACGAGUGACAAUAAUUACCAGAAUUACCAAGCAGAGAUUGGAUGUCAAGCCUGGCAGCACUCUGGUGAAAAGCCUAGCAGCUGCACUAGGCCUGAGGACACGGGUAUGUGGAGCGGAUAUGGGAACAGGCGGAAAUGUCCCGCCGGCAGACGAGGCUACGAUACCAGCACGUACGACCAUCACGGUGGAGAGGAUAACUAUACGAGUUACGAUUUCCACGAUGCCAGCACAACACAUCGUAACUUUAGAGGGGUGAACUUAAAUACCAUUCUUGGUCAGAACGUCCUCAAUGAAGAGGUGAGCGAGGAUGGUGAUGACACAGGUGAUAGUGGUGAUGAGAGCGGUGAUGGUGAUGAUAGCGACACGGAUGAGGCGCUAGUUUGUGACAUGCAAGCCACACAUGACGAUAACGACACAAACCUCGCCACACAAACACAUGAUUCUCUAGAUUUCCUAUCGCAAUAUCAAGGUAAAUAUGAGAGAGACAACAGGAGCAGGGUAGACAAUGACAGCUGGUGUCUCGAUAUCCCCCAUAACAAUGGCAGGACAGGUGAGGUACAAGUUACCAACGAUCUCACGAAUCAACACUUAACACAAAAAAAUAAUAAAAGCAAGAGAGGCAAAACAUACUUUUGUCUACGACCUUUCAGUGACGUGAAGGACGAAGAAAAUGAUCCCGGCACAAAUAAAAUUUUGCCGCAAUGGAGCGUGCGUGAGAAGUUAGGAGUAAAUGGGCGGCCACCGCCCGCUACCGCCCCGCCCCCUGCCGCUGGUGUAUACUCCACUGCUACAGUACAAACUAACCAUGAUAAAAACUACGCCGAUGAAGAUAUAUCGGUGAAUAUGAUAAAGGAGAGGAAUGGGGAGGCAGUGUGUGAGGCGGCCAUGUACCAGGGCAGAAGUGUUGACAAGUGCUGGGCCAGGCCCAGGCGACGUGACAAUACCAGACGACUCAACCUAACAUAUGACUCUAAUAUAUGCCAGGAUAGUGAAAACGGUGAUGGCUAUUGUGAAAGUAUGUUGGAAGGCAGAGUUACCGAGUGUUGCGACGGUACCGACUGUGGUUGCUGUAAGAAUUCGUGCAAUCAAAAAAUUCAAAUUCUCCCUCAUAAUAAUGUCAGAGUAUCACCCGGGGUGGAGGGUGUUGUGAGGGGUGUAGCAGACAGCUUACACCAGCGUGACCAUGGUAAUGGGAGUCGCCUCGACACUCCAGUCCACCAUUACCACACCUCCCCCAGGCCCGGCUACCCUUUUAACUACCUCAACUUCCCGCAUCCAGCCUUUGCCCCUGGCGCCUGCGUCCAGCCAGACAUGGAUUUUCAUCCUCGUUUGGGAAGUGGUGGGGCGAGAGUGAGCACCAACAGGGCUAAUGAUAGGGAAGGAGUGACUUGUAGCGGGUGGCGGCCACGUCGUGUCCAGCCCUCGGUGGACGCCCCUGGCCAGCCCUGGCCACACGGCCUGAGGUGGAGCACCGCCCGGGGUGGGUGUCGGGGGAAACAUAUGACUGCUGCAAGCCUCGCACACCUUCCUCCUGCACAUACUACAACUGCUGCAGCAGCAACUGAUUGGGAGCGUUCCAGGGAUAAGUUUUGGAGCGCAGUCAAGUUUGCUUACCCCUCGGGUGGGGAACACGGCGUGUGUAGUGAGGCUGAUGACUCCACGGGUAAGCGAACAUUGACCAACGAACACCUUGACAAAAUGCCAGUACCAAGCAGCGACGCCGAGGGGAAAAUGUCCUCGCUAUCUCCACUACAGCGAAGACUUUCCAUCCCAGCCUCAUGCCUCAGUCACUCUCUCUGCUCCCGCUACCCACUCUACAGGAAGAUCCAAGAAGUUCUCUGUCGCACCACCAAGGAUGUUUCAUCUGCCGCUCCCAUCCUCUCUCCGGAGGCUCCAGUACUGACUCAACCCACAUCUAUCCUGAAAAAUGAUCUUGGUGGUGGUGGUUCAAGAGUUGAAGGUCACUGGCAGGGUAACACCACUACCCCUCUAAACCAGGGAGUCAUUGACCAUGGGAGUGAACCUUCCCUCCCACAGGAAACAAGGGUAGAGGCUUCCUUGGGUGAUAAUGGUGGAGGCUCAGGUGCGCCGGAUCGUAGGGUCGCAAUUCCUUCCGAUAGGUAUAGUGUCACACACACACCUGUUGGAGGACUUGCUCAGCGGGAACCACCAGACGGCACGGCCACACCCUCAGCUCCCGUCGGCAGACUUCGAAAGUUAUCAGAAACCUUUUCCUCUAACACACAUGAAAGGGAUGACACUAGUGGAUUGCAGAAAAACGGGCCACAGUCACUGUCAUUCGAAGAUACGACCUUGCGGUCAACAUGCAAGAACCUAUGGGAUCCAGGAACCUGUGAUAGAGAUUCUCAUCUAGUCCUGGAAACUCGAUCCGUCUUGGGCUUCAACACGCCCGAGGUACUAGAAGAGGGUGUAGGAUUACCCCGUGUCCCUCAGUCACCUUACUCGACCAGAACCCCGUGUCCACGCCUUAGUUUACAAAAAACUUCACCACUCACAUCUUCCGAACAAGUAGACCCGAUCAUUUUGCUGUAUCCGGAGCAUAAGCGCCCUCCUAACUCAGAGGUUAAUAUCAGUAGUUUCAAUCCCAAUAGUGUCCAUACCUUUCAUAGAAAACACGAGGAGAGUUUGAAAUGCGUUGCUCGUGAAAAUCUCGCAGCUCCGCCACUUCACCGAAAGACACAUGCUGAGAAACUGACACCUGUGUCUUCCGAAUUGAUUAAUUCCUUUUCAUCAUGCCGUAGAGCUAACAUUAGCCAGUCAUAUCCAACGGCAGAAAUACACGCUUCAUCCCCGUCUCCUCGCUCAUUAAAUGAGAAUACAUCAGUUUUCUCUCCGGAGCUACGAGAGAACGGCAACUUUCCAAAUCAAGAACUGUAUGAGAACCCACUUUAUCCAGAAUCGCUAGAGGACAAAAAGUUUUUUUCCCCGGAGUAUACUGAGAAUUGUUCGUUAUCACCAGGGAGUCGAGAGCUCUGGUCAUCCGCCCCUGAGCUGACAGAUCAGCACAAAUUUCCUUGUACACUAAAACCAGUAGAGAACUCAUCACACGCCCCAGAGACACAGGGCUGCCCACCUACACUCCCACCAAUCAACCACUCGCCUACUCCAGAGUAUGUAGAGAGCAAGUCAAGUACCCUCAAUCCAUCAGAACAAUCACUUGGGCAGGAAUCAAUAGAGAACUACUCAUCACCACUGGCCCCAGAACCACGAGAGACGCCGCCAUAUACCACCAUUUCAUCAGAAGAGACGUACCAGGCUUCCACAGUCACUGGGCGUACUAGUCCAGCCAGAACCAUCAUCCCAGAAGCAACCAGUCAGCAGUCUUCCAUCCUGCUUGCGAUCGACCCGGCUUCAGAGAAAUGUUCUUCCCUCGUUGACCUCAUGAAACUGGGAAACUACGAAGGGUAUAUUACGCUCCCCAUGACAUUCAAAACCCCUGCGAAGUGUGUCCCAGGACACUGUAGUGAGGGGAGCGAGAAUGCUUGCCAGUUUUCUGAUAGUGAGGGCGACGUAGGGAGUGAGGAGUGCAGACCAGAGGACGUCAGGAUCAGCACCCAAGUUCGUGUCUCCGUGAAGAAGUAUUGUAAAAGGCGGAGGGACGGGUCAAGAAAGCUUGUAAUAAAGUUUACUCUGUGUUUAGAAUGUGCCGGAUGCAAGGAAGAGCUAGUGGAGGGCCAGGCACUGAUCGCCUUGGACCAACAGUGGCAUAUAUGGUGUUUCAAGUGUGCCAUCUGUAGCACUGUGCUGCAUGGAGAGUAUAUGGGAAAGGAUGGCUUGCCAUACUGCGAGAAGGAUUACCAGGCCCAGUUUGGUGUCAAGUGUGCUUACUGCAACCGGUUCAUCAGUGGUAAAGUGUUGCAAGCUGGCGACAAUCACCACUUUCACCCAACUUGUGCACGAUGUACCAAAUGUGGCGACCCAUUUGGAGAUGGAGAAGAGAUGUACUUGCAAGGCACAGCUAUUUGGCAUCCUCGUUGUGGUCCUGGGCCCACAGAAAAUGGCACAGUCCUUAAUGGCUCAUUAUCUAAUGGCCAUCACAUAAAUGGGGAACAAAAAACUGAGAGAGAGCGUGACUUUGAUGGCAUGAGUUCCACAGCUUCAGAAACGCAGUUUUCUCGCUCCCGCACGCCAAGCCUUAAUGGAUCCUUCCGCUCCUAUAGCCCAUAUAACAGCCUGAACCGCAAGUUCUCAGGUCCAUAUCGCACAUGCUCGCCUGGAUUGAUUCUUCGUGAGUACAAGUCUUCUCAAAGCCCUAUUGACAUCACACGCAUCUACACCUAUUCCUAUCUUGCUGCCGAGCCUUCACAAGGGUACCUCAAACGCCCGUUGGACCCUUACGACCGUCCUCCUCCCAAGUCGCCACACUUCCACCGUCCGCCGACGGAUUAUCGAAAACUGUCACUGCCCAAGACGUCUAGUAGAUUAGGUAUGCGAGUAUUGGUGGAUCAAAUGCAAGCGGAGACUCCCAGACCUAAAUCUCCACAUAUGAACAAUGAGGAACCUAUAAUACUUUCUCAUUACCCCGGGGGACGGAAGCCAUCUUCUGGAGAUGUAUCACGAAUUGAGAGAGAUGACUUCCCUGCCCCGCCUUAUCCCUACACUGACCCUGAUGUUUCAGAGCGACGGCGGAGGUGGUCAGGCAGUAAUAAAGCUGUCAGCAUCGAUGAAACUGAUGAAGGCACUGAAAUAGAUGAAGACUCUGUAGCUGAAGAUCCUAAAUUAAAGAGAGAGGAAGUAGAGCUGAGCAAGAUUGCAACUGGUAUUGGUAAAGUGUUCCUUCAACAAGUUAAAGAAAGAGAAAAGAUCCGAGCAUGGAAAGCCACCCAUCUUGAUCCACGUAAUGCCUCGCGAACACCAGCUGCUGACCGCGAGCCUGGGAAUAAGUUGCGCUUUGGGUCAUCUCUCAACGCAUCGCCUUCUCGAAUGACGGACCACAGUCGGCCUUGGGGCCCUGAAGAUGAUGAAUUUGAUAGAGGUUCAUCAUAUCGAUGUUCUACUGGAAGAUCCUCGGCCACUAUACCCUCGUAUAACGUUGUGAGCUCCCUCAGACAACCUCCCAAGCCUGGCUACGGUUUCUCGCCACGCAACACCUUCUACCGCCAGGGUCUAGGAUCAUAUUCUGCGCUUCAUGGUGACUACAGCUUUUCAGGGCUCGGGGAGAAGACGCAGAGCACAGAGUUUAGCAGUGCCCGUUCUGAUGUUUCAGCAGGUUCGCUCACAGAAGCCGAUAGGAGCGCAUUGAACGCCGAGCUGUGUGCAUCAGCAACGUACAGUAGUGGCCUGCGUGGUUACUCCUCCUACUCUCCCCACCUUCGUCGCUCACUGCCCAACAUGCAUCAUAUGUCCUCUGAACCCCCUAAGAUUUACCCUGCACACCUCUUACUAGUAACUAACUAUCGCCUGCCCAAUGAUGUGGAUCGCUGUCAUUUGGAGCGUCACCUAUCUGAUACUGAUUUUGAAAUGGUGUUCCACAUGACUCGUAUGGACUUUUAUCGCCUUCCUGAAUGGAGGAGAAAUGAUUUAAAGAGGCGUUCCAAGUUUUUUUAAAAAUUAAUUAUUUUUAUAUUUUCAUUAAUAUAUGGGAAAUGUAGUCACCCACUUAGACUAUCAGCUUACUCAUCCAUAUAAAUUGUUUCAAAAGUAAUAAUGGUCCUUUUAAUAUUGAAUUAUUAAUUGGAACUAACACAAAUUUUCUUUUGUGUUUAUAUUAACACGUCAAGAUAAUUAUUAUAUAGGAAUACUGUUUCAAAGUCUACAAGCUAACUUCAGAAUCCACUUGCCCUCAAUAAUGUAUAUGUGAGAGCUACUUAAUUCCAUCCUUAUCAGUUUUGGGAAGUAUAGCAAUUAUCUACAAUCAAUUUCUGUGAAAUUCUCCAGAUCAAAUUUGAGAAUGAUCCAAACGAAGGUGCUUUGAUCAAUUCCAUAAACAUAUAUUUAUAGCAGAUAUAUGUGUAGUAUUUUAUAAUAUUAAUAGGAUCUUCAGUUAGGUUGAAAUUAAUAGCAAUUUUUGUACACCACGCUAGCAAAAUUUUGUCCAGAUAGGUUCAUAAUCUAUUAUAGAUAUUUAUCAAAAUAUUUUUUAAGCAAUAUUUUAAAUGUUGAUGGCUUAUGUUGGGUCAAAAGAUAGUAGAGUCUGGGUGCAUUUUAGUUAUGUAUGGAUUGAGCGCUAUAUGGUUGUUUGUCCACACUGAUGCUUGUUACGUCUCCCAGUUUGACAUCUUCUAGUCUCUUUUAUUCCAUUAGAUCCAGACUAUUAAUGGUUCUUAGAAUUUAUUAUGUGUUGAAGUCUCGCUAUUGCUUGUUUUUGGUGCUUAUGUUGGGCAGUGAUCUUCCAUACCCGAGAUCAUUAAGGAGUUUUGCUUUUAGAAAAACUGUCACAUAAAUUCUUUUUGUUACUAUGUAAAUAUGAUAAGACUUAUUGAAGUUCCUCAAGCAUAACAUGCCAAAUUUUGUCACAUCCAUAAACUUAUUCAAAUUCAAUCAAAUCUGCAAGGUAUAUUAUAUAAAUGGAAUAUAAGCUUGAGUUUCACUCGGUUGUAAAUUACAAGUUUUAACCUGUUUGUAAAUAGUGCGUGCUAGAGCUUCAUAUGUGGUGCGAUCAGUGGUUGUGAUCCUUAGCGGGAGUCAGAGUCCUACUUAAGGGUGCGUUAGGAAGGCUUUGCUAGCUUAUGUUAUUUUAAAUAAGAAGGUUCUUAAAUUGUAUGGUUUAAGGGGGUAGUGUGUUCCUUCGUGAUCAUCAGGUAGAGAACACUUCUCUCUCAGCUUUUAAGGUGUUAAGGCAUUUCUUUAUUCCUUCUUUUUUUUUAUUAGCAAAGCUUUACCUAUUUUUGUAUUACCGUGAAGAACUUUUUGUGUUCCAUCAAAGUGAAAGACAAAAAUAAUGAGAUUAUAGUGUCUUAUUAAUUCUGUAUUGCUGAUCACAUCAUGUCAGUCAGGGGUGGGGAUUAUGGAGGACGGAGGGUCAUCUGUUAUUACAACUGUGUAUUAUUGCAGCAGCUAAAUAAAUGGUUGUCCCAACUGCCAGGGUCUUUUCUGAAUGACAUAUAUUUUAUAUUUUAGCUUUUUUAUAUAAAAGAUAGUAUCAUUAGUAUUAAUGUCAAGAAAGAGUUGUGAAGUUGUAAAGAUAUACCAGCCAGAAAGUGUUGCGUGUUCAGUUCAUUCAUCUGUGCUGAAAGUGACCUUUAUUGUCAUCAUGUUGAUAUUAUGAAAGUCUUAGAUAAUUAAGGUUGGGUUAUCACAGAUGGGCAUUGGUAUCCUCUUUGCAUAGUAAUAUAACACAUGUGGUACUAUACCUGUUUUCUCUAUAUGAAAAUUAACUUUAUGCUGCUGUAUUUUGUUUUUAUAGUUUAAUAAUUAUAAUAUUUAUUAUGAGUUCAAUGAAUUUCAAAACCUCCACACAAGAGGACCAAUGGCAUAUUCAUUAAAGUUUUUUUAUUUUAUAAUCAGUUAAAGAAUUGUAAAAUGUUUCCUUACACUUUCUGCAGGUCAGUAUAUCCAAAAACAAUUUAUUAUAAUUUACACUCGAUGAUACAUUUAUUUUAUGGGUUUUCUUGCAAGUUGUACAAACUUGCUUGUAUGUUUAUAUAAAGUUUCUGUACUCUUUCCCCCUUGUAUGCUUGAUCUGAUCGUUACUAAGUCAAGCAGGUCUUCAUGAAGUAUAAUUAUAUUUGUACAGAAUAUGUAAAUACAUUUAUUGCUUAUUUUUAACAGUUGUAAGAUAUAACAGUUACUUUCUUGACUCUCAUAAUAGUAUAUGUUAACUAUAUUUUCUUAAUAUUACCCACUGUAUCUUCAUAUUAAUUUUUUACAUCAUUUGUUGACGUUUUGCAUGUACUGCAUUCUUAUUUUUCAUUCUCACUUUUUUUAUGGUAGAUCUAUGUACUGUUUAUUUUUUUAAUGGACCGGUGUUUAUAAACAUCUUUUUAAAAGAAUCUGAUAUUUACCAUUUUAAAAACUGCAACACACAUUUUCUAGUUAAAUUUUAAAUAUGGUGUGAAAUGAUUUUAAAGGUAGCUCGACAGCAUAAAUGUUCUUUUAUGUAGAUUAAUUUUGCCUAAUGUGAUUAAGAGGGAUGUUCUUAAACUUCAAUUAGUCCUAUUAUUCUUGAAAUCUUGGAUCUACCAAUAUUGACGAUAAGUCACAAUAACGUGGCUGAAGAUACGACGACCAAACCACACACCAGAAGAUGAAGAAACGAUGAAGUGAUGAAACGAUGAAACCAGACGAUGAAGUUGUCUCUUCAUCGUCUGGUGUGUGGUUGUCAUUUUCCAAUGUUGUAAACUUGGCAUUCAUUACAAAUUGAUCACAUUUCAUCAAAGCCUUCUUAUCAUUACAAACCAGUCCCUUGUUACAGAAUAGGCCUUCGUUAAGCCUUGGCAUGUACUACUUUGUUAAAAUGGAGUGUAUGUAAAAUUUUUAUUAAUUUCUUAUAGUGCAACUUUUUUUUUUUAGCCUGCACAGAAUGCACCUUUACAAUUCAUAGUGCAAUUGCAAGUUCAACAAGCACAAUGUUUAUAUAAUUUAUCUUAUGUGGUUUGUCAGUUUAACCCUUGUGGACAAUGUUCACUGGGAGGUUAUUCCAAGUGUAAGAAUUAUUUGGGCAAUAAUAAGAGAGUUCAGAUUGAGGCAAAUUAUAAGGCUCAUGUUCUAUGCUUUUAGGAAGUUUGUCUUCUUGUAGUUGAACUCUGGGCAGCUACUCUUACUAAUGAGUGUUACGAACUGUUUGAUUCUUGGUGCCAAAAACUGGAAUUCCUCAGCUGUGAACAAUACUCACAAUAUUUUGCAUGUUUGUUACCUGCUUUCCCUCCUUUAAUGUAUCACUUAACAUAAGGACAAUUGUUAAUAGUACUACAUUAUUAACAUGGGCAAAGCAAGGGUGAUGGUACAAUGUGGCAUGGUCAGGUAUUUUACUUAAAGACCAAUUGGUUGUGGUCACUCACGAAACUCUUACCUUGGUUGCAUCUACGAUUUCCAUCUUUUUGGCACCUGCCGAGCAGGUGAGCAGCAGGUGAGUUGCUCCAUUUUCUUUAUUUUCAUACUUUCCAAAUGUUCUCGUACAUUACAAACGAUAAAACACACACACACACUUAUUUUUUUAGUACUGGCACUUAAACUACAUCUUCACACACAUUGUGAUCAACUGUGUCAUUAAUACCAGACUAGAAUGUGAAAGGAACUGAUAUGAUGUAAAAUGCCUGAAGAUGCCACAUGAGGGUAAAGGAAUGAGACUCGGACCACCAGCCUUAAUGCCACACUUUUGGCUCCCAGUUACACUAACCUUUUAACUUUCCUUCUUGUUUAGUACUGCAAGUUUAUGAAGACCUGUACGACAAGCUAAUGAUGACUAGUUUUAAGUUGCUUCAUUAUGUAAAUAAGACCUGUAAUUUCUUAAGAAUGUAUACUACUUCAACAAUACCUAAAUUCUUCUACUCUUGCAAUUAGUUCUAUUCAGUGGCUUUAUCAGUACGUAUCACAUUCAAUAUAUUUUUGUGACUGUCGUAUGUAACACUAUUUACAUGUUUUUAUAACAUUGUUGUCAUGUUAUAUUUUUUGAAUUUAGUCUGGCUGCUAUGUCAUUUACCCCUUCCUGGUGAAGUGUCAGAUGUUAAAAGAACAAUAUGAAGAUAAAAAAAAAAGCUGUUAAAUUCUUCAGUUAUUAUUUCCAUACACAACUGUGAAUAUGAAAGUAUAUUAAGACAAUACAAAAGGAAUCAAUUGAUGGGUUCCCAUUCCAUGGCUAAAAUAUGUGAAACAAACGUUACGGAAAUUCCACCUUAGUGAAAAGUGUCAAUUGAUAACCAACGCAACAACUUGUGUGUUUCUGAUUUGUCAAUAAAAAUAUUUAAUGUAA